GCCGCCGUCGGGGGCGGGCCGGCGCUGCAGCCAUGGCGGCGCCCGUGGUGCCGGAGACCGACAGCAUCCGCAGGGCCGUGUCGCUGCUCAACGCCGUGGACCCGGGCCGGUUUCCGCGGCUUCUCUCCCGCCUUCUCCAGAAGCUGCACCUGAAGGCUGAAAGUACCUUCAGUGAAGAGGAGGAAGAAAAACUUCAAAUAGCUUUUUCACUGGAAAAACAGGAUCUUCAUCUGGUUCUUGAAGCUAUAUCAUUUAUUUUGGAACAGGCAGUCUAUCACAAUUUGAAGCCUGCUUCAUUGCAACAGCAGCUACAAAGCAUUCACCUGGAUGAAGACAAAGCUGAAGCAUUUGCUAGCGCAUGGGCGGCUGCAGGUCAAGAUACAAUUGAAAAGUUCAGGCAGAGGGUUUUGACCCCUCAGAAGCUUGAAACAAUUGGAUGGCAGCUUAAUCUUCAAAUGGCAGAGUCCAUGCAAGCAAAGCUGAAGUCCCCUCAAGCUGUGCUGGAGCUGGGAGUGAGCAAUGAAGAUUCAAAGAACCUGAAGAAGGUGUUUGUGGAAUUUAGCCAUCAGGAGCUGUUUGAUUUCUACAACAAGCUGGAAACYAUACAAGCGCAGCUGGAUUCCCUUACGUGAUGUUUUUGAAGACGUGUUUCUCCAUCACGCUUCUGCCACCUCAUUAUUUUGAAUUGAAGAUAGAUUGCCAAGCUGUGUUUGCUGAAGGAUUCAGUGGGUUGCUGCUUGUAAAAUUAUAUGGCUUAUCUGCUUUUUAGACCAGUACUAUUAGCCAAGAGUCUUUGUCAAGAGCCUGAAGAUAGAUUCUAAUGGACUUUCUCUUGUUUGCUAAGGAGUUGUGAAAAAUGUCUUCUUUACCUGCUGUGGGGGAACCCCAUGCUCGCUCCCUGUGCCCCAAAAAAAAGAGAAUUUUACGCUACUUUAUAAAUAUUUUUUUCAUCCUGUUAUGUGUAUUGCUUGAUUCUGGUAGAAAUUUGCAUACUAGCGAGAGCCCAGGAAAAAACCCUUUUUUCAGAUAUAAAAGAAAUAUAAAA